UAUCUAGAAAAUAUUAGCGAAGACGAGUGACGAUGGAUUCGACGGCACCCGCACCAAACACUAACCCUAACAAUACUAGCGGCGUCUACCACAUUGGGGGGAUUCCUGUCGAGUUCCCGUACAAACCCUAUGGUAGUCAGCUGGCAUUCAUGGGCAGGGUGAUAUCAACCCUAGAUCGAGCUCAGAUUCAAGGCCAUUCUCAUGCAUUACUUGAAUCACCAACCGGUACUGGGAAAUCGCUGUCGCUCCUCUGUUCUACGCUUGCCUGGCAGCAGAAUUACAAAACGAAGAUUCUCUCUCAAUCCAAACCAGCCCCCGAGGCCUUAUCUGAUCCACUUGCACAUGGUGGUGGAUUUAUUCCUGAACCAGAACCUUCCGGUAAUUCAAUACCGGAAACUCUACAACCAUCUCCAUCUGCAAGGAACAGUAGGAGUCAAAAGAUGCCGAAAAUUCCUACCAUCUUUUAUGCCUCGAGGACACAUACACAGAUUAGUCAAUUGAUCCGGGAAUACCGCAAAACAUCAUAUCGAGUUAAAAUGGCAGUUUUGGCAUCACGAAAACACUACUGCACCAACAAGCACAUAUGUGGACAAGAGAAUAUUGAUGCGGAAUGCAAGAAGCUUCUGAAGGAUGGAGAAUGUUUUGAAUCCAAAAACAUGCUUAAAGUCGUAACUCACCAAUCAUUACAAAGUGGCGGCUGCCAUGAGGCCCAUGAUAUCGAAGACCUUGUGAAAGUCGGACAAUCUGUCAAAGGUUGUUCUUACUAUGCAGCACGCCAUAUGGCAAAAGAUGCACGACUUGUUUUUUGUCCAUACAACUACGUAAUAAAUCCAAUAACUCGGAGAGCAAUGGAAGUAGAUCUUGAAGGAUCGAUUCUCAUUCUAGAUGAAGCCCAUAAUAUAGAGGACAUGGCACGUGAAGCUGGUAGUUUGGAUGUUGAAGAAGAUGCGUUGGAUGCGUUGCAGACAGAAUUAGGGCAACUGUGCUUAUCUGAUUCAACAAUUUACCAACCUCUACACGAGACAAUUGAGGGAAUUAUAAGUUGGAUUGGCCAGAGGAAAAGUACCUUGCAGAAGCAUGAAUUUCAGCACUACUGCACUUGUUGGACUGGUGAAAAGGCCUUAAGAGAGCUUCAAGAGGCUGGUAUUUCUAAACAGUGCUUCCCAAUCUUGCAAGACUGUGCAUCAAAGGCAAUCAAAGAUGCAUCGAUUGUGGAUUCUGAUGUAGUUGGUCUAAGUGGCAUGUCUGCAGCGGUACUGGAAGGGCUUUUCUCUGCGUUCAGUUAUUUUUUCUCUGGAAAUGGGCUUCAUAUCCAUGACUAUCAGCUUGUUUUACAACGCUAUGCAAAAAGAGUUGGGGAACAUGAUGGCAGCUGGAAACAUUCUUUCAGUCUAUGGUGUCUGAAUCCUGCAGUUGUUUUCAGAGAAAUUGCGAAUCUUUCUAUGUCCGUGAUUCUUACAUCCGGGACAUUAUCUCCAAUGGGAUCAUUUUCAUCUGAACUUGGAGUCCAGUUUGAAACUUGUAUUGAAGCUCCACAUGUAAUCGAUGUUGAUACACAGCUAUGGGCUGCUGCCAUUUCUACUGGUUGUGGAAACUACCCAUUGAAUGCAAGCUACAAAACAGCUGACUGUUAUGCUUUUCAGGAUGCCCUCGGUGCCACUUUAGAGGAAAUCUGUAAGAUUGUGCCAGAUGGUGCUCUUGUUUUCUUCCCCAGCUAUCAUUUGAUGGAAAAGCUAUGCAACCGUUGGCGUGAAACAGGGCAAUGGUCUCGGUUAAAUGCACAAAAACCGCUUUUUGUUGAGCCAAGAGGAAAUCAGGAGGAUUUUGAGCUUGCUUUGAAGGGUUAUUUUUAUUCAAUUCGUCAAGGUAAUGGGCCUACUUUUAAGAAACGAAGGGGGAAAAAACGUGACCUUAACCAGCUUGAUGCAAAGUCCCCUCAGAAGACUUCAAAGGGCGGUGCUGCUUUACUUGCUGUGUGCAGAGGAAAGGUCUCAGAAGGGAUUGACUUUUCUGAUGACAAUGCUCGAGUUGUUAUAAUUGUCGGCAUUCCAUUUCCAAAUGUACAUGAUAUUAAAGUGGCACAGAAAAAGAAAUAUAAUGACACUUACAAGUCAUCCAAAAAUCUUCUAAGUGGGAGCCAGUGGUAUUGCCACCAGGCAUUCCGUGCUUUGAACCAGGCUGCAGGCCGUUGCAUACGUCAUAGAUUUGACUAUGGAGCCAUUAUAUUUAUAGAUGAACGAUAUAAGGAAGAUAGGAAUAAAGCACACAUUUCGAAGUGGAUAAGGAAAUCCAUCAAACAGUAUGGCGAUUUUGACAUGUCAAUAGAAGGAUUACAGUCAUUUUUCCGAGAUGCAAAGGAAAAAUAUGGGCCAAAUGAAAUGAAUGUGUUGGACACUCCAAACAUUAAAGAGGAAAAUGUCCUGUGUACAAAACGAAAGUCUUUAAGCAAAGGAGCUGUGAGAAAGAAAGUUCAGAAAAUGCACAAGCAUGAUAAUGAUGAACAUGGAGUAAGUUACAGCAGUAUAACAACUGAAAAUGAAAAUCAAUACUCUCAGUUUGUGAUGUCUAGGAGCAAGGAUGUUCCCACCCUGCCCCAAGUGAAAGUUCAAUGUGGUGUUGAAGAUGAAGCAUUUGUUCCACUCGUUGAGAAGGAUUUGGGUAGCUACAAAGAAUAUAUUGACUUAGAUUGCAGUUCUAAAACAGACUCGAGGUGGUCAGAGGCUAUACCUAUGCCAUCCUUUAAUGAGAGUCGAGAAAAUAUCCUAGUCAAGGAAACACCUGGUUUGGGUGAGAAUGGAACUGUUGGUAGUCCUCAAGACUUUCCCAAGGAUGACAACUCAAAUAUAACCAUAUUUCAGGCCUCCAAUGAGUUAUCAGACCAACUUUCAUUGCAUUCGACAUCCUUAGCAAGUCCAAGUGGAGCUGUUUCGCGAGGCAUAUGUUUUUUGAUGGUUACUCCUGAAAGGAAUGUUACUAUGGACAUCUGUGAUAAAAAAUCAGAAAAUGAAUCUUUGAAUUUGAGUGUAAAUUCUCAUACCCAGAAAUGGCGAAAGCAAACGAGUUCUCCAUCAGUAAAGUUAAUUCAAGAUAAACAGUUUGAUACUCCUGAUGCCAAGUUUCCUAGCCAUGUUGAGUGCAUUGGAAGUGUGGGUUCAUCUAAAGAUGCGAGUCGCAAAAUUGAAUUUGGUUUGGAGGUCAAGAACCUUAUAUGCAAACACAAGAAGCUGAAUCUUUCACAAAUGCUCCCAGUGAACAACUAUGGCACCUCAUAUGCAUCUUCCAGUACUGUCUUGGAUGAGAUAUUAUAUAUUUGUUGCUCAAUCUGCAAAAACCCAUUGGGGUUGCCUGAGAAUCAUUUCCUUGUUACAUGCUCUUUAGUUUUGUCUUCAAAAGUAUACUUGGCAUCCCUCCGGGAAAGUCGAGGUGCAUCUCCACCCAGAAAUAGAUCAAUAACUGUACCAGUUCUAAUCUCUGAUAUCUCAUCUGUUGAUCAGCGGCUCUAUAAUAGACUUGUUCUUGAUUGUGCUCAAAAGCAUGGUGUCUGGUGUGAAGAAGAUGGUUGUGUUUUUGGUACUGUUUUCUGCCCCUUCUGUUCCAUCCCUGACAAUUGCCUCGGUUUAAAGAUUAUGGCAACUGAUUCAUCAAAUGUUCACUUACUUAAUAAGAUCUUGUUUUAUAUUGAUCAUUUGCAAAUCAAGAAUCUUGAAGAAUCAAAAGAUGAGGUUUUGGUGUUGCCUUCAAUAGAUCAAUUUUCUUCUUUACCACCACAGAAUUCAGAAGGCUGGAGAACUACAAAAGCUAAGUUGAGACUACCCAAAAGAGGUCUGCCUUAGAAGUCAGAGGAUCACUUUGGAGCUUAAAGAAGCUUGUGUCUGAAUUGGGCUAUGUGCUAUCAAACUGGCUGAUCAUCCACCUGUCAAUACUUGCAAUAUUAAGGGUUGAAUCAUGGGUGGAAAUAAUGCCAAGUCACUUUCUUUGUGGUUCAAAGAGAGGGAAGGUUCUUCCAACUUUCAACGGUCACUUUGUGCUUUUGAGUAGCUAGUUCGUUGGCCAAUAUUUUCAGAAGAGGAACCUUGCAGUCGGUUCUGGUCACUUAGUUUAGAAUAAAUUAUAAUCCUCAUUAUCCAUAACCAAGCCUUGAUUAAGUAUUGGUAUCCAUAACCCACAACUACUGAGCACAAGAUUUUCCACAGCUGCCUUAGGCUUUUUUUUUUUGGGGGGGGGGGGGGGGUUGGGUUUGGGAUUGAUUUGCAAUGCUACUGGCUUCAUGCUAUCCUCGAUGCAUAAGAGCUGGUGGACCAGAGAAGGGUUUUUCUAGUGACAUUUUCUGUUAAACCUCAGUUGUAUAUAUUGAUUAAAGAAGUCCUUGUAGGUAUUAUGUAUAGGAUGGGCAUGUGCAUUUUCUUCAUUUUUUUUUCUGUACUUG